GGUGUCUCCUCCUGGCCCACGAUCCUUCCCCAUCAUAGGAAAUCUUCUGCAGCUUGGAGACCAUCCUUAUCUUACAUUCAUGGAGAUGAGGAAGAAAUACGGAGAUGUCUUUCUUGUCAAACUUGGCAUGGUGCCUGUAGUGGUGGUGAAUGGGAUGGAUAUGGUAAAGCACGUAUUACUCAAGGAUGGGGAGCAUUUUGCAGGCAGACCUAACAUGCAUACAUUCUCCUUCCUGGCAGAAGGAAAAAGUUUUUCAUUUUCAGUCAAUUAUGGAGAGAGUUGGAAGCUUCAUAAGAAAAUUGCCUCUAAUGCUUUACGGACAUUUUCUAAAGCGGAGGCAAAAGCCUCUACUUGCUCUUGCUUACUUGAAGAACAUGUCGUCUCUGAAGUUUCUGAGCUGGUAAAAGUCCUCACAGAGUUGACUUCUAAGAACAGUAGCUUAGACCCCAGAAGUGCUAUCACAUGUGCAGUGGCCAAUGUUGUCUGUGCCCUUUGCUUUGGCAAGAGAUAUGAGCAUGACGACGAGGAGUUCCUCAGAAUAAUUAAAACCAAUGAUGACUUACUCAAGGCCUCCAGUGUGGCUAAUCCUGCUGAUUUCAUCCCAUGUUUCCGUUACCUCCCACUAAAAAUUAUAAAUGGUCCCCGGGAGUUUUAUCAGGCCUUGAAUCAAUUUAUUGCACUACAUGUACAAGAUCAUCUUACUACAUACGAUAAGGACCACAUCCGAGACAUUACUGAUGCUCUAAUUAAUGUAUGCCACAACAAACACGCUGCUAUCAAAACAGCCACCUUAAAUGAUGAUGAAGUCAUAAGCACCAUGAAUGACAUCUUUGGAGCUGGAUUUGAAACAGUAUCAACAUGUCUAUAUUGGAGUUUUCUUUAUUUGAUAUACUAUCCAGAAAUCCAAGCCAAAAUUCAAGAAGAAAUUGAUGGAAAUAUUGGGCAGAAACCACCCCGAUUUGAAGACAGAAAAAUAUUACCCUACACAGAAGCUUUCAUAAAUGAAGUAUGCAGGCAUUCCUCCUUUAUUCCUUUUACUAUUCCACAUUGCACUACAGCAGACACAACUCUGAACGGCUAUUUCAUUCCCAAGAAGACUUGCACCUUUAUUAACAUGUAUCAAGUAAAUCAUGAUGAGACUAUUUGGGAUAAUCCUAAUUUAUUUAUACCUGAGAGGUUUCUAACUGAAAAUGGGGAACUGAAUAAAAGCCUUGUUGAAAAAGUUUUGAUAUUUGGAAUGGGAAUCCGCAAAUGUCUCGGAGAAGAUGUUGCACGAAAUGAGGUGUUCAUCUUCAUCACCACGGUCCUGCAACAGCUCAGGCUGAAAAAGCUCCCCGGAGCAGCCCUGGAUCUGACACCCACGUAUGGGCUCGCCAUGAAGCCAAAGCCCUACCGACUCCUGUCAGAGUCCCGCGCCCUGGGGAGUGGGCGUCCUUAGACUCUCACUUAGUCUCCGCGGGGUUGGAGGGUUUCUUAGCUGAGUCAGAAAAUGUAUGCGAUUUGAAUUUAUUUCAGAGAGCAUUUAAAGAGUAUAUCCUUCAGCUGUGCUAUUAGUUCAGUUCUUCCUCUAUCUCAGUACAAAAGUGCUUUUUAGGUUUCUGGGGCAGCCUCAGUUCUAGUCUCACAAGGCUCUUUCAGGAGGAUAAUGAAAUGCGAUGCAAUUCAGGGAUUUUAUAACUGUCUGAGGUAGUGGUGACCCCAUGUCAGAUGACUUUGAAAAGAAGGGACAGACGAGUGUCAAAUUGAGCAGAGAGACAAGGACCUUUGUCCUUCCCUUUUUAACAGUCUCAAAUAGGUAUCGUUUUACACAGAGGGUUCAGAAUAAGAAUAAUGUUCUAAUGACAAAUGUUUCUUUACAUGGAUAUGGGAAAUAGGUGCUCAAGAGGUAACUCAGGGAGCUAGAGUUGCCUAGGAUAGCAGAAGUAUACUUUGUGGUGGUAAUAAAUGAGAGGCAGAGAAAAGAGAGGAAGGCAUAUUUCUUCAAAAUGCUUAUACAAAUACAGUAGCAUUCUGAGAUGCUGGGGUUAGGAUAUCAACAUACAUUUUGGUGGAGACAUAAUUCAGUUCAUAUAAACAUAUUAUAAGAUAGCAAUAAAAAUAUUCAUAUACUUUUCUACAUAGGAUCCAGUACUGGGUAUAUACUUCUUUCAUGGAAUUUGUUAAUGAGUUAAGACAUAUAAAGAACAUAAAAUGAACAGUGGGACACCAUGAAUUUCAGAGUGAAGCUUUAAAGCGUGUUGUGUUACAAAAGACAUAGAAUUCAAGCAGGGUGAUUAAAAGCCUUCUGGCGUCUAACCCGAAUGAGAGGUUCUAUUCUGACUUUAGUGCAAAUAAGAGCACUGAGAGGUGUGACUCUAGAUAAUAACCAGCUCGAUCUGGGAUAUGACAAUGGAAAUAGAGAAGUUAAAUAAUUCAGAGAUGUUGA